UUCAGUUGAAAUUGUAUCAUUUCCAAAUCAAGUUAAUCUCUUUCAUUUUUAUUUAGUAGUUAGUUGUUCAAAAUAAAGUUUCAGGCAUGUUUAUAAAUCGUAGAAAGAUUCGAUCAAUUGGCAGGAAAUUUGAACGAAGCAACAUAUUCUGUCUUAUAAUUGUUUUAUUUAUUUUAAAAAUCUUAUACGAUUUAUUCAGUGGGAAUUCAAUAUUUCGAAAGAAAAAAGUAAUUGUACAAGACGAUUUAUUGGAUUAUAACGAGGAUGGCCUUCGUUCUCGAUGGCCAUUUCAAAUAUCAAAAUAUUACGAUGCGAAUGAUCUUCAGCCGUACAUUUCAAAGCGGAAGAUUAUAUCGUCAUCCGAUUUGCCUGGCGAUGGAGGUGAACCUGUUGUAGUUCCAUCCAUAUUGGAAGAGUUUUCCGAUGCAUACAGUGAAUAUCAAAUAAAUAUUCUGGCAAGUAAUAGAGUUGCAGUGAAUCGCUCGUUACCAGAUUAUCGCGAUCCGAAAUGUUUGGACAUCACUUAUCCAAAGUUGUUACCGUCGGUGUCUAUAGUAAUGGCCUUUCAUAAUGAAGCAUUGUCCAUUUUGAAAAGAGCCAUUCUGAGCGCGCUCAGUCGAUCUCCGGAUGAAUUGCUCGAGGAAUUGCUUUUGGUCGAUGACUUUAGUGAUAAAACCGAUUUAAAAGAACCACUAGAAGCAUAUUUGAAUGGACUAUCGAGCAAAGUAAAGCUCAUACGAACGGUUCGAAGAGAAGGUGUCAUUCGAGCACGAAUGAUUGGAGCGGAAAAGGCACGAGGUCAGGUUUUGAUUUUCAUGGACGGAAAUACUGAAGUCAAUGAUGGUUGGAUGGAACCUUUAUUGUCUCGAAUCGCAUCGGAUCGAUCGGUGAUCGUUCUUCCGCAGCUCGAUAAUAUUUUUACUACAUCAAUGGCUUACAAAGUGUUCCACGAGGGUCCAAUAUAUGGAAUUGGUUGGAAUUUACACUACGAAAUAUUUCGAAAACCAGAACGUGAAAUCAUAAGAAAUCGAGGUGAUGAGAGUGCCCCUUACCGAACGCCCGUUCUUAUUGGAUGUGCCAUGGCAAUUGAUCGUGAAUUUUUCUUCGAAAUUGGUGCAUUUGAUACCGAAAUGAAUAUCUACGGAGGCGAAAGUGCAGAGCUAUCACUCCGAACAUGGUUAUGCGGUGGAGCUGUUGAAAUUGCGCCUUGUUCGCGAGUAGGUCACUAUUUCAGGCCACCACCAUUUUCUUUCAAUGCCGAAAAAGAUGAAGUCGAACUUCAAAAUAAUCUUCGAACAGCCGAAGCUUGGAUGGAUGAAUACAAAGUUUUUUUUGAUACUCUCAUUCCACAGAGUUUGAAACAUGUUCGAGCCGGAAAUAUUGAUCAACGCAUUGCUAUUCGUAAUCGAUUCCAGUGCAAAAGUUUCAAAUGGUAUUUGAACAAUAUUUUUCCCGAAUCGAAUAUGGGAUUUCAACCGGAGAAAAUUGGAAACAUUCAAUUGGCAAACACAAAAUACUGUUUGGAUAAGCUUGGUCGUAAGUCGAAUCGUCAAAUUGGAAUACAUUCGUGCCAUUCAAUUGGUUAUACCCAAGGAUUUAGCUAUCAAAAAAAUCACCAAAUUGUAUUUCAUCCGUCUUCGUGUUUGAGUAUUGCGCAACCGGAAAAUGUAACCGUUUCAAAUGUCACAUCGUUAUUAAAUGAUCCCAAUAUUUUGACGCCCGAUGUGAAUACAACCAAUCAUGUCGUUCUUUUACCGUGUAAUUCAACUGACGGCGAAAAGUGGUCGUAUAUAGAAGCAGAUAAUCAGAUCGUGCAUACGGAUACAAAAUUAUGUUUGCAAACAAACGGUUGGAUGGCAGUUGUGGAUCGCUGCAAUUUAAAGGAUGAACGACAGAAAUGGAAAAUUCUUAGUUAUGAUGAAUUCAAAAAGAACUUAUUGGCACGAGCAAAUCAAAUUGAUCGCGGCAGUCCAUAGACAUUACAAUUUCAGUUCUAAAUUAAGCAGUUAUUCAUCUAAUGAACUUUUUUUUGCACAUACUUAAAAUAAUCUAGUUUAACAGAAAUUAGAAAUAAGAUGAGAUAAGCUUUGCAAUAAAGCACAGUUUUACCAAAUUUAAAUUAUUUAAAUAAAGAAAUGUAAAUUUUAUGUCUACUGUCUACGUUGUUGUUGCUUGAUAAUUCAAAUAUAAAGAGGUGAAAUGAUGGCAUUUCUGAAGAUC